AAGUUACCAUCCCUCGGAUUGCAAAACAAAAGAGAUUGAUAUAGGCACAGCCACUAUUGCUCGGCAGCUUACACUUCACAUAAUCGGAUGGAUGACACUGUUUUCCAUGAGUGAUGUGGAGACAGCAAAAGCAAAGAUGUCAGAGACAAAGGCAGCUGCAGAGAAAAAAACAGAAGCAACAGAGGUGCAGUCAUUAUAAGAGCAGACUCACUCACUCACCCAUCCAGCACAUUAGAGAAAUAGAGAGGAGGUGGCAGAAAGCCAGAAAGCCAGAAAGCCAGAAGCAUCAUCAGACUAUCACACCCAUUAGUAUUAUCCAUGCACAGGAGAAGAAUCUGCUACCCCUCCCAACACAAAAAUUACUAUCACCCCACCUAAACAAAAUUAAUCUCUCUUUACUUCAUUCUUUUAAAUCCUAUAUCUUCUUCCUCUUCUUCACCUCACCACUAUUCACACACACACACAAACACACACUCUUCCUUCUUUCUGUCAAACAAUGAUGAGUGCAACUGCAACUGCCAGGAAUAGGUCUCCUUUCACACCAUCUCAGUGGCAAGAGCUUGAGCAACAAGCUCUUGUUUUCAAAUACAUGGUCACAGGAACACCUAUUCCACCAGAUCUCAUCUACUCGAUUAAAAGAAGUCUUGACUCUUCAAUUUCUUCCAGACUCUUUCCACAUCAUCCAAUUGGGUGGGGAUGUUUUGAAAUGGGAUUUGGCAGAAAAGUAGACCCAGAGCCAGGAAGGUGCAGAAGAACAGAUGGCAAGAAAUGGAGAUGCUCAAAGGAGGCAUAUCCAGACUCAAAGUACUGUGAAAGACACAUGCACAGAGGCAGAAACCGUUCAAGAAAGCCUGUGGAAGUUUCUUCAGCAACAAGCACCGCCACUAACACCUCCCAAACAAUCCCAUCUUAUACCAGAAACCUUUCCUUGGCAAACCCCACCAUAACUUCACCCUCUUUCCCUUUCUCUCCUUUGCCCUCUUCUAUGCCCUGUGACUCCCAACCCUUUUCCCAAUCCUACCAAAACCCUUCUCUCAAUCCCUUUUUCUAUGCCCAAUCAACCUCCUCCAGACCCCCAGAUUCUGAUUUUUCACCUCAAGAUGCCACUACCCACCAGCUAUUCAUGGACUCUGCUUCUUAUUCUCAUGAUGAGAAGGAUUACAGGCAUGUUCAUGGAAUAAGGGAAGAUGUGGAUGAAAGAGCUUUCUUCCCGGAAGCUUCAGGAUCAGCGAGGAACUAUUCUGACUCGUAUCAGCCGCUAUCAAUGAGCACCUACAAGUCCUAUUCAAACUCCAGCUUUCAGAACAUCAAUGAUGGCACCAACCAAAGACAGCAAGAGCAACAACACUGCUUUGUUUUGGGGACUGACUUCAAAUCAACGAGGCCAAGCAAAGAGAAAGAAGCUGAGACAACAAGCCAGAGACCCCUUCACCGUUUCUUUGGGGAGUGGCCACCAAAGAACACAGAUUCCUGGCUAGAUCUUGCUUCCAACUCCAGAAUCCCAACCGGUAACAAUGAUCAUGCUGCUUCCCUACUUUCAUUAUCAUAUCCUUUUUAAUAUUCCACUUCAUGCUUACCUAUAAAAUUAUUUGUACUUAUGUAGUCUCCUUUAUCCUUGGCAGAUGAAUGAUGUUUUUUCUUUUGUUAUUAUGAGCUGGUGGAUACGGCCAAGAGAGAGAGAGAGACUCGUUGAUAAAGAUCAGUUUUUUUGUGGCUGGGGUGAUUUUCUUUUACAAAAGGUGUGAUGUUAUUGUGUUAAGUGGGGGACCACAUUAGGAUUUGUGUCUUUGCUUUGCUAGAUAUUUAUAUAUGCUUCUUUCUUCCUCUUGAAGAAAAGUUAAAAAAAAAAAAAAAACAUGUCUCAGAUUUGCACACUAUGUUGUUUGACUGGAAAGCAUAUUAAGUUGCUCUGCAGUCUGCUUUAUAAUGGGUGGUAGCAAGGACAAUUCAAAUAAGCUCUGAUGUUUGUGU